AAUUGAGCCCACAGACAGAACAGUGACAGAAUACCCGAUCGCGUAACGGUAACGAGCCAGCAUCUGACGAAGCUGCGACCGAGAGAGAGCGAGGGAGAUCGAAAAUGGCGUCCGAUCCCUCUUUGAUCGAGAUCUCCGGGGAGGACGAUUCGUUGCUGCUGCAGCAGAUUCCGACCGACGGCGCCACGGCCGCGGCCGCCUCCGCCAGGAACCUCUUCUCUUGCUCGCCUCUUCAAAUCCACGGAUCCAGGCCCCGCCUCCCUCCUGCUGAGACCGUGAACAAAGAGAAUGUGAAUCUGAACAAGUACGAGAUGGUGAAACUCAGCCUGGAGCCACAGCAGAUGAAGAGGAAGAAGAAAGGUGGAGGCUACAAUUUGCGGAAAAGCUUAGCGUGGGACAGGGCCUUCUUUACUGAAGAAGGUAUCUUGGAUCCCGCCGAAUUAUCCAUGAUAAGCGGAAACAUUGGCAGUUCCGUUGGGGAGAAGUUGCCCAUGAUCUGCGAAGAAGGGGGGGAAUCAUUGUCUGAGUUUUCAGACUCCCAAAGCGAUUCGGGAGAUUUGCUCGCACUCAAGGAGAAACCAUCUACAAAUGAGGGCCGAACAAAACAUAGCAGUUCACCACAUCAGCGAAAUGCAUUAACUAGACGUGACAGGCCCCUGGUUUCUUCGACCAAGCGGAAGGUGCUGUCGAACAAUGACGUCAAUGGUAACAAGUCCAAGCGCAGCGGCGGCUCACAAUCCACUGCCCUAUCUUCACUGAUAAGGCCUGUGAAUGGGAAUUCGACAAAGAUGGCCAGUAAAGAAGCUAAGGUUUCUAAAAAGCCAGCUACCAAGCCAGAUUCCACUUUGCGCACUCCGACAGCUAGGACUGCUUUGCAAGUCAGUCAACCUAAGCAUGGUCAACUUGCUCGAUCAGGGGCUAGUGACAAAAAUAAUGCUGGACCGAAAGUCUCUUCAAGCAAUAAAACGCAUUCUCGACCUAGUACUCUAGCUGGUCCUUGCAGCAAGCCUCCAACAGCUAAAUACAUUGCUCCCCAAGCCAAAAGAAAUUUGGGAAAAUCAACUUCCAGGCCAACUCCAUUAACUCGCAGGAAUGACAGUUUGGAGGAGAUAGAAGGUCAAAAAAACCCUCCAGCACGAGAUAAUGGUGCUGGUUCUAUCAAGAUAGAAGCCGCCUAUCCUGUAAAUGCUCUUCUUAAAGGAGGGUCCACUCAGCAUGUGCAACUCAAGGCAGCAAAACCUACUGGCUUGCGUACGCCUUCACCAUCUCUGGGAUUUUUUCGUCAGCAGCCAAAAGCUUCUACCAAGGGCUGUUGAACAGUUAUACUCAACCAAGUUAUGAUCCUCAGUCUGCUAUAGGUAGUUCAAAGAGCCAUACAGCGUUAAACCCUCUGAGUAAGCUGAAGCCCCCACAUGUGCAU